GUUGAGCGACACGCCGACCUGCGCCUUCCUGGUUCGGAUCGAUUCAGCUUGUAGGCCUUUUUAAUCUUCUUCAUAUUUUCUUCCACAUCCCCUUUUAUUUCAUGAGUUUACGAAGCGAGUGCUUUUUGGGUCUCUGGUCUGUUUCUGCAUGUUACCCCUUGUUGUUCUCUAUGCAUACAACAACCCACAACAAAUUGAAAUACUAUGUCAUCAUUAGCGAUGGGCACGGAUGGGGGCCGGGUCAUACACAUGGAUGGUCGGACGGAUCGGAUACUGGUACGAUACCCUGCCUGAUGGAGCUAUCCGGGCGACAGAGCGAUCUGUUGCCCCCUUCUCCUCCAUCUUGCGGAACUUUUUCUCCUCCUUUUUGGUCUCUCUGCUCUUCGUUCCUUGAAUACCCCCACAUUCGCUACUUGUAUUGGACGAACGGGCCGCCCUGCUCUGCCCGCUGGCUAGGGUUUAGCUGGCGGGAGUGCCUGGGUCAUAUUAGAAAGGAUUACCCUUCACCGGAAGAAAAAUGGAAUCAAUGUUUCGACGACUGUGUGGAUCCGCUUUUUCCACUUUGGUGUCUUCCCUCGUUUGGCGUCCCGCUACCACUUCCCAGCCGGCGAUUCUUGAUGGUGUGAGCACAAGACCUCCAAACUCUCAGAUGGCGGCUGAUUAUUAUACUAGUUCAUGCCCGCGUCAAUCGCUCCAUUGGUGUCUGUACCGCAAAGCUGCGUGCCAGUAGGCAAUUCCGUUGCACGCCUUACCCACACCACCGCCGAAAUCGCCACGAAACGUUCGGAAUCCCCUUAGUGCUCUCCGUACUCUAGUCUAUCCUUUCAUAACUUCACCCGAGAUUAAGUCUCGCGUAAUCCCGGACGAGCGCUAUGGAAUGAAGACUGCCUUGUGCUGGGGUAUUUUGUAGGAUGGAUGCUAUUCGCUUCGACGAGGGAAGAUCUUGAGGUCGCGGCAGGUAGAAUGAGUCUCUCCUCACUUCCAAC